AGAAGUCACCGCAGAUCAAUGAACUGAGCGAAACAGACGGGCUGGUCAAGCCGACUAUAGCAAGCGUCCGUGGGAUAUAAGCUGCUCACGCUAUUAUUUCUUCCCUUGUCUUAAAGAUACGUCAAAGUGAGACUCUAUGACAGCACUGCUCCGUCUCUAUGGUUUAUAGAGCCACUGAUACAACUUUACCCUCCUGGAUACACGAGAACGUACGCAAUAGAAACCUUUGGUAGAAAUUUAUUCAUCCUUCAGUGGAUGUUCGUUUGUUAAGGAUGAUUUUUGCAAAUUCUGGACACACGUUGAGGACGUCGCAUAAUCGUAAACAGCCCCCUGUUGGCCCCGCCUUCCACCCGAUGGCUCCGCCCAGUCCUGGCACCAACAGCAGCACCAAUCACAGCAGCAGCAGCAGCAGCACAGCCGGCUGGGAGCAGCUCAGUAAAACGAACCUCUACAUUCGUGGUUUACUGCCAACUACCACUGACCAUGACCUGGUCAAGCUCUGCCAGCCAUAUGGAAAAAUCGUAUCAACCAAGGCCAUCUUAGACAAAACCACGAACAAAUGCAAAGGUUAUGGCUUUGUAGACUUUGACAGCCCUGCUGCUGCUCAGAAAGCCGUCAGCGCUCUGAAGACCAGCGGAGUUCAGGCACAGAUGGCAAAGCAACAAGAGCAGGACCCCACUAACCUUUACAUAUCUAAUCUGCCGCUGAGCAUGGACGAACAGGAGUUAGAGGCCAUGCUGAAGCCCUUCGGACAGGUCGUGUCCACACGCAUACUGCGGGACACCAACGGGGCCAGCCGAGGGGUCGGAUUCGCAAGGAUGGAGUCGACAGAGAAAUGUGAAGCUGUCAUCUCUCACUUCAACGGGAAAUAUCUCAAAACCCCAGCUGGAGUUAUGGCCCCAUCAGAGCCCUUGCUGUGCAAGUUUGCGGACGGAGGCCAGAAGAAGCGUCUGAGUCAAAAUAAAUAUGCGCAGAACGGACGAGCCUGGGCCAGAGAUGGAGAGACCAGACUUACUGGAAUGACACUCACAUACGACCCAAACACAGCUGCUAUGCAAAAUGGAUUCUAUCCCACUGCCUACAGUAUUACAAACAGAAUGAUGACACAGACCCCACUUUCUCCUUACAUCUCUCCUAUGUCCACAUACCAGGUACAGAAUCCAUCCUGGGUCACCCAUCAGCCCUACAUCAUGCAGCAUCCGGGAGCAGUGUUAUCGCCCUCUAUAGAUCACUCCAUGUCUCUGCAGCCUGCGUCCAUGAUGAAUCCUCUCACUCAGCAGAUGAGUCACCUCUCUAUGGGCAGCGCAGGAACGUAUAUGACAGCGAGUCCAGCUCUCCAGGGGCCGUACAUCCCUCAAUACUCUCACAUGCAGACCACCACCGUCUCAGUAGAGGAGAACAGUCCACAACCUCAGGUGGAAUCGUCCAGUGAUCAUUCACCGUAUACCUAUCAGCAGGCCAAGUGAUGAAGAGGGUUCCCGGGGUUCGAGAGAACGAAAGGAGACGACUGCUAAAUCAAUAACAGCUUCCUCUGAAGCACCGGCUCUACCGAUGAAUCGACUUUUUGCACAGGUUCUACGAUGAGUUCCUCGGUUUUUAUAAUAAAACUACUUCAACUAUUUUGGUAUAAGUUCCAUUCAAGGAUUCAUUUCAUCAGAGGAUGCUAACAAAGAGAAAACAAAAUGGGAAGAAAAAGAAAAGUUUUAUUUUACUAAGGAAACAACGCUUAUUUUUUACCAAGGACCGUCACGUAGAUGCAGGAACUUCAUCAUCAUGGAGAUUCUUCUUAUUUUUAUGAUUUCAGAUUAGUUUUUUCUCUUUCUCUCUCUUCUUUUGUACUGAAACAGACGUUUGUUUUUAGAGAUUUAUCAGCCGGACAUCCUGAGAAAGAUGCGUUUGUGCUUGCGGUGUGAGUGUUGUUGAUGUGUUUUUGUCGUGUGCUUCAUCUUUUCGGUCUGACCAAUCUGUCCGUCUUUUACGAUUUGCCUUAAACUCUUUCCCGUACAGCAGCCGAAGAAAAGCCGUCCGGCCGCUGCCUUGUAAAUCAGCUGAAUAGGGCUUUUUUAGCAUCUCGCAGAG